AUGAGUCGCUACUUGGUAUUGAACCCUAACCCUGAAGGGCUAGACAAAGUCGUUACCAAGGCAAAUGUUCAGAACCAGAAAAAUGGACCUUUCGAAGCGGUGUUAUUCCUCGGAGACGCCUACCUGGCGUGGCCAUCGCAACGACUUGAUGUACCAAGUUUCGUCAUUGAAGGAAAGGGGGGCGAAAUACAAUCUCAACCUGACGUGAAUGAAACUAAUUACAACCGUCUUGAUGAACCAGUCGUACAAAAAACCCUUGAUCUGGGAACAAAAGUCAUGUUUGUUGGUGCUAGUGCCGAGACUGACCUUGAUUCACAUGUCGAAGAAGUUACCGAACCCGUGGACAUUUUGGUUACCUACGACUGGCCCUGGGCAAUCGCUCGACAGGAAAACUAUGCCAGUUUUGGCAACAAGCAAAUCGAUAAACUUGUUAAUAAGGUGCGGCCUACUUAUCACUUUGCUGUGGGACCUGAGCAUACGGGGAAAUUUUUCGAAAACCGACCGUUUCGGUGGUCCGAUGGUCGUCACACUCGUUUCAUCUCGUUAGGCCAGGAAGGCAGCGGUGACAAAUGGUAUUACGCUUUCAAGCUUGAGGAAGAAACUAUUGAUGACUCGCAGGCAAUUGCUAACCCUUUCACCACUGUAUCGCGCAAACGAGAGGCUCCUGACGACGAAGCUGUACUUAUUGAACGUAAAAGACGUCAACUUGAGCCUAAAGUGGUCAGCCCAAGCGAGUGCUUUUUCUGCUUGUCUAACCCCAAUGUUGAAACACAUAUGAUUGCCGCAAUUGGCAAACACAGCUAUCUUACAACUGCCAAAGGUCCUUUGACACGUCCCCUCAAGAACUUGGCGUUUACUGGUCAUGUCAUCAUUAUUCCCAUUCAGCACAUACCCACAUUGAAAGAUCAUCAAGAGACUAAUGCCGAAAUGAACAAGUUCCAACAGGCAAUUAUCGAUUCCUACGCGAACACUGAGUACGUCCCAAUUUUCUUCGAAAUUUCAAGAGCUCUGAAUGUUCACUUCCAUGUGCAAUGUGUUCCUGUGCCUAAACUGAAGCUCGAGAAAUUUGAAAGUGUUCUCACACAAAAAGCAUUGCAAAAUAACGAAAGAUAUCAUGACCGCAACCAGAAACUUGAGUUUGAGAAGCUGGAGGAUGGCACUACACCUGACGGGGAUUUCAUCAGAUUUACCAUUGGGAACCCUACUCGCACAUACUUUGUGGCCCGUCUAUUGGAACCUGACAAAAUGAUUGACUUGCAAUUUCCCCGGAGGGUUCUUGCUGUAACACUUAACUUGACUAAGCGAAUCUACUGGAAUCAAUGUAAACAGCCUAAGUUUGUUGAGACCGAAGAAUGUGACGAGUUUAAGAAGUUUUUCAAGCCUCAUGAUUUUACUAUUGAAUUAAGUUGA